AUGCCUCGUGGUCAUAAGAGCAAGCUCCGUGCUCAGAGGAAACAUCACCAAAACAGAGCUGAGAAACAAGGUGAUAAGAGUGCUCAGGCCGCUGCAGGAGAGGAAGGAGAGGGCAUUUGCUCCUCCUCUUCUGUUUUAGGGGAUGCUGGUGCUGGCCCUCUCCAGGCACCUCCGAGUGCCCCAGCCACCACCAGUGCCACUGCAGGUGCCUCCUGUGAAAGAUCUGCUGUAAAAGCCAAAGGCCAGGUUCAGAAAAGUAAAAAAUCCUCCCAGGCCUCCACUGCCACUGAGAGUUCUGGCCAAGAUCUUCUAACUCAGAAGGCAAAUAUGUUGGUACGGUACCUGCUGUAUCAACAUAAAAAGAACCAGCCCAUUAGAAAGGGAGACAUGCUGAAGAUCAUCCGCAAGUGGUUCAGGAAGGACUUCCCUGAGAUCCUCAGGAGAGCCUCUGAGCGCAUGGAUCGGUGGUUUGGCCUGCAAGUGAAAGAAGUGAAGCCCAGCGGUAAUUCCUACACCCUUAUCGACAGUGAAGAUGAGAGUGUGAGCAGCGGCUUCAGAUUUCCUAACAAAGGGAUCCUGAUGCCUGUCCUGGGUGUCAUCUCCUUGAAUGGCAACAGCGCCACUGAGGAGAUGAUCUGGGGAUUCCUGAAUAAGAUGAGUGUCUAUGAUGGAAAGAUUCACUUCAUUUUUGGGGAGCCCAGGAAGCUUAUCACCCAAGAUUUGGUGCAGGAAAAAUACCUGCUGUACAAGCUUGUGCCCAACAGUGACCCUCCACGCUAUGAGUUCCUGUGGGGUCCAAGAGCCCACGCUGAGACCAGCAAGAUGAAAGUCCUGGAGUUUUUCUCCCUGCUCAAUAGUAACAUCCACACAGUCUUUGCACCCCAUUUUGAAGAGGCUUUGAAAGAAGAGGAUGAGAGAGCCCAAGCCAGAGCCCAAGCUGCACCUAGGGCUGCCCCUCCUCCCAAGGCCAGUGGGCGCUCCAGGGCCAAAUCCAGCCUCUAA